AUGAUAUCUUUGAUGCUAUCCCCAAAGUUUGCACUUGUGCUGUUCGCACUAUGUGUCAUCGCAUAUGGGCCCUUCAGACGGUUCUUCAAUCACCGCCAAUUCGCCCGCGCCCAAGGCUGCAAAAGGAUUGCAAAGACAGCCAACAAGGAUCCUUUCUUGGGACUUGACGCUAUAGCUUGGACUGCCCGCGCAUAUAAGGAGCAUAAGUUGCUCGAUAGAACCACCGAGCUCUUCUCGAUUUACGGUAACACAUUCACAACGAAGAAGCUACACGUCACUGGAAUCGUGACUAUAGAACCGGAAAACAUCAAAACAAUCCUGUCGCUGAAAUUCAAUGAUUACGGACUUGCUUUCCGGCUUGGGCCAUUUAAAGCACUGCUGGGAAAGGGCAUCUUUGAUACAGAUGGCGAGCAUUGGGCUUCAUCACGCGCCCUUAUUCGACCCAGUUUUACGCGCGACCAGAUCGCCGACCUGACGGUGUUGGAAACUUUGAUCCAGGAUCUCUUUGCGCUGCUCCCUCGAGAUGGAAAGACCAUCGUUGAUUUGCAGGAACUUUUCUUCCGCUACACUAUCGAUUCUGCGACCGAGUUCCUGGUCGGAGAGUCGGUCGGCACCUUGAAGAAGGCUCAAGCGGAACCCGACUUUGCCGAAGCAUUUCGGUAUGCUCAGGAUGCUAUCAUCACGCGGGCAACACUCGGCCCAUUGAAAGUAUUUCACAAAGACCCGAAGGCUGACGAAUCCAAUCGUUUCUGUCGGGAUUUCGUCCAGCGAUUCGUUGAUGAGGCAUUUCGCGCUGUCGAGGCACAGAAGCAAAAUCCUGAGGAAGGGGAUGAUGAUUCAAAACGCCAAAAACAUAUUUUUGCACACGAACUGGCAUCACGGACGCUUGAUAAAACUCGGGUUCUGGAUGAGUUGAUGAAUGUCCUUCUUGCUGGUCGUGAUACCACAGCCAGUUUGCUCAGCAACCUGUUCUUUAUGCUUGCCAAGAACCCAACAAUAUGGGAGAAGAUACGCCAGGAAAUAUCUUUCUUACAAGGCCGGGCACCAACAUACGAGGAGCUUCGCAGUCUUAAGUAUGUUCAUUGUUGUAUGAACGAAUCACUACGAUUACACCCGGUCGUACCUCGCAACGAAAGGAAGGCAGUUCGAGAUACCGUACUGCCGCUCGGGGGAGGCAAAGAUGGUCUGUCACCUACCUUUGUGCCCAAGGGCACAUUUGUAACAUACUGCGUGUACGCAAUGCAUCGACGAACAGACAUCUAUGGCGACGACGCGGAAUAUUUCCGCCCAGAACGCUGGGAAGAUGGGAAAUUACAGCCUCGUUGGGGAUAUUUGCCUUUUAAUGGUGGCCCGCGCAUCUGUAUUGGCCAACGUUAUGCUUUGACCGAAGCCGCCUACGUGAUUGUCCGGAUGGCACAAGAGUUUGAGAUCUUGGAAAGUCGGGACACAGGUGCAUGGGAAGAAUCAGUGGCAUUAACACUGUGCUCCAAGAAUGGAGUACAAGUGUCUCUCACUCCUGCUUGA